AAAUAUACUUAAUAAUUCGCCUUCAAUCUCUCUCUCUCUCGUCAUCUAUAAGGAUGGCCGGAUAGUGACAAAAUCAAUUGUCUGUAUUUCUAAAUAAUCUCCUUUACUCUUCACAUAAUAACAUAUAUACUCUCGUUUCUUUUUCUUCCAUUAGCUUCCGCCUGUGUUCGCAUAUUAUAUAUAAAUAUAUGAGCAAGGCAGGUUCGUUCUCCUUUUACUAAAGCUUUCUCAGAAAACCAGAAAAAAAGGAAACAAAUUGGAUAGACAUGGGAAGAGUGAAGCUUCAGAUCAAGAGAAUUGAAAAUACAACUAACAGGCAAGUUACUUACUCCAAAAGAAGAAAUGGGCUUAUCAAGAAAGCUUAUGAACUUUCUGUUCUCUGCGAUGUUGAUGUAGCUCUCAUCAUGUUCUCUCCAUCUGGGAGACUCAGUCUCUUUUCUGGAAACAAAAGCAUUGAGGAAAUUCUGACGAGAUAUGUGAAUCUUCCUGAGCAUGAACGAGGAAGGCUACAUAAGCAAGAGUUCCUAGAAAAGGCUCUUGGUAAGUUAAAAGCUGAAGGCGAUCGAAAUCAUCAAGCGGCCAGCAACCCCGCGAUCACUGAUUCUCAGCUGGAGGAGUUUCAACAAGAAAUUGUUAGAUUCAAAUCCCAAGUGGAGGAUAUGGAGAAACAAAUAAGGAUAUUGGAGGGCAAUCUUUCCCAUACCACAACAUUACCUGAGGCUGAGUACCAAGAACAGAUACUUGAAGAGGCAUUGAAGCGCGUGCAGAUGCGUAAGCAAGUUUUGGAAGAAAAGUACAAUUCUUCUGGUGCGCCACCAGUUUCACAGUGUAAUCAGGCACAUCUUCCUCCAAAGAAUGCAUAUGUAAAUGAUCUUGUCACAGAAGAAAGUCCAAACAAUGUCUUGGAUUGGCUUCGUCAAAGAGAGCCACAAGUUCAGAUCUUGAAUUUUUUGGACUCCAAUGGCCUUCUUCCCUUAAGAAACCAGGUGCAGCACGCAGCUGAAUUAUUCUUACCAUCACCUGCAGCUCUUCUUCAUGGACAAAACAUAAAUCUUGAUGAUCACAUAAGCCCAAGAAGUGGCUUGGAGGACGACAAUAAUGUACAACGUCCUGAGUUUGGACAAGUUAUUGAUGUCAACUUGUCCCCUUGGGCUGAAUUUUACCCUACAGGUAACAGCUCAAUUCUCACUUCACAACCCAGAGAAAGAGCUCUUCUUGAAUUGUAUUUGUCUCGGAUUGCACCAUCAACCAUUUGACGCUGCAAUAACCUUAUACUUUUUUUUACCACAUCAUAUAUAUUUUCAAAGUAAUUUAGGUAUCUAAAUUGUUUGUUUUCCUUCUAUUUUGUUUUGAGAUAGAGGGGUCUGUGAAUUUUGCAUGGUGUGAAUGAUGGCGUAUAUUGGAUUGGAUUUUCUAUUAAAAAUUAAUUAUUAUCA